AUGGAAGUUAAUAUAAAUGAACAAAUUGAUAUUAAUAAAAACAAUUCAAGGGGUAUUGGAAAUAACAGAGGUAAUAUAAAUUUAGUGAAAAAUGGAGAUUUAUGUUAUUCUCAAGAUUUAAAAAAUUAUACUACUAUUCAAUUAAAUAAUGAAAUAGAAAUAUCAAAAAAUCCAUUUCCAUUACAUGAAAUAAAUAAAAAAAAUGAUAUUCCAUUAUGUGCUCAAGAAUUUUCUGAUUUAACAGAUCCACUACACAUUAAAAAAAUUUGUUUAGAAAAAGUACAUGAUUGGAAUGAUUUAACUGAAGAUGAUAUAUGUGUUAAUCAAAUAUUAUGUGGUUUAACAAAUCAAUUAUUUGAAGUAUCUUUGAAAGAAGAUCUAGCGAAAAAAAGCAAUUUAAAGAGAAAGCAUGUUCUAUUUCGAAUAUAUGGAAAAGAUGUACAAGAAUUAUAUAAUCCUAUUUAUGAAUUAGAAGUAUAUAAAACUAUGAGUAAAUAUAAAAUAGCACCAUUACUUUUAAACACAUUCAAUGGUGGACGUAUAGAGGAAUGGUUAUAUGGUGAUCCUUUAAGUACUGAUGAUUUAAAAAAUCCAUCUAUUUUAGUAGGUAUUGCUAAUGUAUUAGGGAAAUUUCAUACUAUAAGCCGUAAAUAUCCUUUACCAAUUCAUUGGGAAAAAACUCCUUGUAUUUAUAAAAGGAUGGAAAAGUGGAAAAAUCAAGUUUUGAAAUACAGUGAUUUAGACAAAUUGACAUAUGAUAUUAAUAAAUAUAUUAAGGAAUCUGAUAAAUUUAUUAAAUUUAUAAAGGAAUAUACCCAAUCAGAUAAUAUUGCUAAUCAUAUUGUUUUUUGUCAUAAUGACCUACAAGAAAAUAACAUUAUUAACACAAAUAAAUGUUUACGAUUAAUUGAUUUUGAAUAUUCUGGUUAUAACUAUUUAUCUAAUGAUAUAGCAAAUUUUUUUAAUGAAACCACUAUUGAUUAUUCUGUUAGCACAUAUCCAUUUUUUACUAUAGAUAAAAAAAAAUAUAUUCCUUAUGAGUUAAGGAAGCUGUUUGUAUCUACUUAUUUAUCUGCUUAUUUAGGUAACUCUUACGUAGCAUCCGAUGAAAAAGUAGUUAAUUUAUUUUUAGAUGCAGUUGAAGUUCAAGCAUUAGGGGUUCAUCUAAUAUGGGGAUUCUGGUCCAUCAUAAGAGGAUAUCAAACAAAAAGCUAUAAUGAAUUUGACUUUUUUUUAUAUGCAAAAGAAAGAUUUAAUAUGUACGAUGAACAAAAAGAAUACUUGAUCUCAAAUAAUAUAAUUAAGGAUUAUUAA